AUGCAUACUAAUCAACCUCUGUUUGGUGCUCUUUUGGAAACAAGAAUCAAGGAACCCAACUUGAACCGUGUGAUGUCAACUGUUUGCCAUGGUUGGAACUUCACCUCUGAUCACCUUUCAGAUCAUGGAGGACGAAUUGUUGUGAUAUGGAAAGACCCUGCACAAAUUAGAGUUUUGUCCCAAUCCAGGCAAACUCUUACUUAUGAAGUCAAGAUUGCUAGUUCAGUACAAUUUGUGGUGACGGCUAUAUAUGCUGCUAACACUCAUGAUGAGAGAACGGACCAUUGGGUGGAGCUCUUAAACCUGCAGCAUACUUUAUCCCUGUUUCAUAGUCCAUGGGUUAUUGGAGGGGAUUUCAAUCAAAUUUUACACUUCGCAGAGCAUUCCUCUCCUUCAACUAAUUCCAUUGAUGGUCCUAUGACUAUGUUCAGGGACUGCCUUCUUCAAAUGGGAAUGUUUGACUUGAGAUCUCAAGGUCCUCAGUUUACUUGGACUAAUAAUCAACCCUCUGAUCCCAUUGUUGAGAAACUGGAUCGAGUCUUGGUUAAUAGCAGCUGGAUCUCUAUGUUCCCAAACAGUACUACUACCUUUCUUGCACCAAAUAUCUCCGAUCAUUGCCCUGCUCUCUUAGACCUAUCCUAUCAACUACCAAAAACUGGAACCAGACCCUUUAAGUUCUUUAACUACUUAAUCCAACAUCCCAACUUCUUACCUGUGGUGAAGGACGCUUGGUUGCAGGCUGGAAGCAAUAGCAAAGAUUUGGCUAACCUGUGUUGGAAGCAGAGAGUGAUAAAGAGAGAUUUAAAGCAGCUAAAUAGAGAGAAUUUUUCACAAAUUCAAGAGAGAGUYAGUGAGGCUAACUGUUUGUUACAAGCUGUGCAGGUGCAGGCUCUCCAAUCUCCUUCUACAGCUACUUUCCAGCAGGAAAGAGACCUGCACAUUAAGUGGAACUUCUUAAGCUCCGGAAGUGCUUUGUUCUCUAUCAAUCUCAGUUGCUUGGUUUCAGGAUCUCUCGGACUACAGAUGCCCAAUUGCCCACCAGACAACAAUGCUCCAUCUUCCUACACCUGCUGA